AUGGCCAUGGCAAAGCUGGACGACGAUGAUGACAUACCGCAACUAUCAGCAGAUACACUUGGCCUACUCCAGGACUUCCUGUCAGAAAAGGAUGCCAAGGCCAAACAAUUUGAAGAACUGAAAGCAAAAGCGGAAGAAGACUUUGAAAAGGAUGGUCAAGACGGCAAGCUCAGUAUGGCGCUGUUCGACGAAGACUGGCAAGCAUCGCAAUUCUGGUACACCGAUGCGACAGCAAACACUCUGGCCGAACAACUCUUGGCAGGUGCAACGAGUGAGACCUGUAUCGCCGUCGUGUCUGCUCCAAGUGCAUACGUUGCUCUUCGGAACCUCCUCAGCUCCAGACCAGCCGCCGAUCGACCUGUCGUGAGACUUCUGGAGUUCGACCGCAGGUUCGAGGUCCUGGGCUCCGACUUCGUGUACUACGACUUUUCCAAACCUCUCGCACUUCCAACCGAGCUCAAGUCCAGCUUCGAUCAUAUAAUCUGCGAUCCGCCCUUCUUGUCUGAAGAUUGCCAGACGAAGACUGCACUCACUGUUCGGUUUCUCGCAAGGUCGUGGAAGCCUUUUGACGGCUCGAGUGGCGACGGACUGAAACUCAUCUCGUGUACAGGCGAGCGGGUAGACGAAACGCUGGCAAAGUUGUAUGGAAAGAUUGGGACAAAGAUGACGACGUUUGAACCAGAGCACAGCAAAGGGUUGAGCAACGAGUUCCGGUGUUAUGCCAAUUUUGAGUCCAUGGAGUUGAAGUGGAGGGACGGGAAUGAUGUUGGUUUGACGAGCUAA